UUUCUUCCUCCUCAAUCACAACCUCUGUUUCUCACUCCUUUCCACCAACUUUCAAAUUGCUUACAGGAAGCUUAAGAAAAAGCUUCCAAAUUGCUACAAUGGCGACUGCUUCCACUUCUUCUAGUACCAUUUGGGCUAACCCUAACCCCAGAACCACAUUCUCAUCGUCUCCUAAACUCCCUUCUUCUUUUUCAGUAUCUUCCAGGAAGAAACUGAAAAAAAUCAGUUGUGCUCUUCAAUCACCUUCGAUUCUCCAAUUUCCCAAACAAUCUCCCUUUCAAUUACCUUCUUCGACACCGGAUUCAUGGAACUUGUUGCAGAAAUUUUCAGCUAUGGCAUUGGACGCAAUCGAGAAUGGUUUAAUAGAACAAGAAAAAAAACACGCUUUACCCAAAACAGCUGAUCCCAAAGUUCAAAUUUCCGGAAAUUUCUCUCCUGUCCCAGAGCAAUCUGUUCGCCACUGCUUACCAGUCGUCGGAGAAAUUCCAGAGCAUGUUCAAGGCGUGUACUUGAGAAAUGGGGCUAACCCGUUGUUCGAGCCUACUUCUGGCCACCAUUUGUUUGAUGGCGAUGGUAUGAUCUACGCCGUGAAGUUUGAAAAUGGAUCGGCGAGCUUCGCUUGCCGCCAUACGGAGACACAAAGGCUUGUCCAGGAACGUGCUCUUGGAAAGCCGGUUUUUCCAAAGGCGAUCGGAGAACUCCAUGGCCAUUCUGGCAUCGCUAAGCUGUUGUUGUUUUAUGCUCGUGGGCUAUGUGGGUUGGUUGAUCACAGUCAAGGCAUUGGGGUGGCGAACGCCGGUUUGGUUUACUUUAACAACCGGCUUUUGGCCAUGUCGGAGGAUGAUUUACCUUACGAAGUGCGGGUUACCCCCACCGGCGACUUGAAAACUGUCGGAAGGUAUAAUUUCGACGAGCAAUUGAAGUCCACCAUGAUUGCACACCCAAAACUUGAUCCGGUUUCCGGCGAGCUUUUCUCACUGAGCUACGACGUGAUCCAGAAGCCUUACCUGAAGUACUUCCGAUUUUCACCGGAUGGAACGAAAUCAAAAGACGUAGCGAUUGAUUUGGCAAAGCCUACUAUGGUUCAUGAUUUCGCAAUUACAGAGAAUUUUGUGGUGGUGCCUGACCACCAGGUGGUUUUCAAGAUGUCGGAAAUGAUCACUGGUGGGUCUCCGGUGGUCUAUGACAAAGAAAAAGUGUCACGUUUUGGUGUUCUUGAUAAGUACGCCGAUGAUGGUUCUAGCAUCAAAUGGGUCGAAGUUCCCGACUGUUUCUGUUUCCAUCUCUGGAACGCUUGGGAAGAACCAGAAACCGACGAAGUAGUCGUGAUCGGAUCCUGCAUGACUCCGGCGGACUCCAUUUUUAACGAAAACAACGAAGAAUUGAAAAGCGUUUUGUCUGAAAUUAGACUUAAUCUAAAAACCGGAAAAUCCACGCGUCGGGCUAUAAUUUCCCCCGAAAAUGACGUCAAUCUGGAAGCAGGGAUGGUGAACAAAAACCUUCUUGGCCGGAAAUCUAAAUACGCUUAUCUUGCAAUAGCUGAGCCAUGGCCGAAGGUUUCAGGUUUCGCCAAAGUCGACCUCUCCACCGGGGAAACCAAGAAAUUCAUCUACGGCAACCAAAAGUACGGCGGCGAGCCUCUGUUUCUUCCAAGAGACCCCAAUUCCGAAACCGAAGACGACGGCCACAUCUUGACCUUCGUCCACGAUGAGAAGACAUGGAAAUCGGAGCUUCAAAUCGUCAACGCAAUCACAUUACAAUUGGAGGCGACUGUGAAACUGCCGUCGAGGGUUCCAUAUGGCUUCCAUGGAACAUUCAUAAGCGCCAACGAUUUGGCAACACAAGCUUGAAGAAACAGAGCCCAAAAAGCUUCCUUUUUCCGGUGCCGGCUGCAUAAGAGAUUUUACCAGAGGGAUGGCUGAGAUACGUCCCCGGAAAUCUUCUCUUGAAACAUAAACCUCCGACGUCUUUUGGGGGCUUUUCUGUAAAAAAUUAAAUCUUUUGGGCUCUUUUUGGAUUUACAUAGUAUUUGAGGGGCCAGCUUGUAGCUUUUUGUGUAUGUACAAAUUGAAAGCUCAGCUUGGUUCCCUGUUAUAGUUUUGGGUACAAUCGUGACAGCGUGAAGUACAUACGUUUUCAGCCAGUUUGUGAAGACUAUUUUAUUGAUAAUAAACGGCAAUAUACUUUAUGUUGUAUUAAGUAUGAA